AUGUCUAGCAAAAUGGAACCUCUACGCUCAUCUACGGUCAUGGGAAAUAUGGAUCAUGACGGAGAUUACAUUCGAAAGGACGAGAAUGUAGGUUACGACGUGGUUCAUAAUCGGUCGCCUUACAGUAACAGAAUUUUUAACAAGGAGCCAGUCUACGGACAGAGUUGCGAACAAUCGUACAGUAGUGAAAAUCUUCUCAAAAGAAGACCUUGCUCCAGCACAUCAGUUUCUACGAGAUUUGGUGAAGUGCCACGGGAAAACGAGAGAUAUGCUGGCAUUUAUGGCGACAGUCAUUAUCGUCCUGGAAAUGAUUCACAUCAUGACGAUGUUGCCGCUUAUGGUGGAACAAGCGGUUACCCUCCAUCUCCCCACAAUGAUGAUUGCUACAGGAAUCCUCCUCGCCAUUCGAGUGCAGCUCACGAUGGAAAAAAUUAUUAUGACCAGAGAAAGGAGCAGUAUUCUCAAGGCGAUGACAUUCAUGGUAUCAAUAGAGCGAGAAACAACGUGGAACAGGAGUAUCAGCUGCAGGAAAGGUUCCCUUUUCGCUACUAA